GCACAUCCCUCAGUGCCUCCGCACGGCCGAGCGAAGUUCGGCAAGCGAGGCGGGGCGAUUGCACAACACUAGAAGCCUCAUGUGCAAAUACCUUUAGAAAAACCCGACUCGGUGCUCUCUUGGGCUGCCGGUAGAGAGAGCCCUCCUUCUGCAGGAAAGGAACUCCUUUUGAAAGCGAAAGCACGGCUGUGAAGCUGCUUCGCUGAAAUGAAGCUGCUUUGCUGAAAUGGCGUUUCUCUCUGCCAAGAAUGAAGAAGGAAGAUGUGCCACAUUUCCCUGAGCCGGUGAUCCGAACUGGCAAACUCCUUCUGCAGGUCUUGUCUCCAUCCCAUCAAUCCAGGAACAGCCUCUGCAGCAGUCAGUGGGAUGAGUUUUCCGAAGGUCAGUGAAGCAGUGCUCCAGACCCGGGUCGGUCUCCUCCUGCAGCUGAUAAAGGGCCUGCUGUGAGGGAACCAAAGCAGCGUACUUGGUCAUCUUCAGUGUCUCUUCAGAACAACCCUGUAAGGUUCACGUGACCGGAAAAAUGACUUCCCAGGACAGGGCUGCCGUGACAGAAGCGGACAUUCAGGCCUUCGACCGACACCUGCGGCACUUUGAACAGGGCCAGCUCAGGAGAAUCACCAAGCACUUCCGGCAGGACCUGGUAUUUGUCAUUGAAAACGACGUCACUCUGGUGCUUCAGCAGCUGGCGGAAAGGAAAGUCAUCCCGCCUGACCAAAUGAAGGAAUUUGCAGACAUAGAGAAGGGACAGGAUUCAACCAAAGCGGCAGAGAAGCUGGUGGAGUACUUCCUUUCGAAGGACUGCGAGGCAGGCAUCGGGCUCUGGAAGAGUCUCUUCGUGCUGCGGAGCCGGUGGUCCCAUCCCAACCUUGACACGAUGGUGGAGGAGAUACUGAGGAACGGUCGUAAUUUGGAGAAGGAGAUUAUGCUAAAUGAGACUGGAUAUCCCUUAGAACCGGAACUGAAAGCUUGCCAAGAGAAACACAAGCAGCUUCUGUAUGAGCAAAGCCGAGUUCUGAUGGAAAGCGGUGCGGCUGAACUCGGGCAGCCAGGCUUCUCCAUCAUCAACCGCUACGUCGACCUGAAAGUGGUCACGGAUAACAAGUUCGGCAGACAGAUCAGCCAGGAGCACGAAGUCCUGGCCGCCGCAGGAGAGCUGAACGAGUAUCGACUCCGCCGGAAGAUCCAGGUGGAGCUGGAACGGAUCUCGCCGGACCGGCUGUUCCGCUGGUGCCCUCGCUCCGGCCGCACCCCUCUCUCGGUGGUCCUGAGCGGCGUGGCCGGGGUGGGCAAGACGACGCUCGUGCAGAAGUUCGUCCUGGACUGGGCGAAGGGGGAUCACUACCGAAAGUUCGCCUUCGUUUUCGCCUUCAAAUUCCGAGACCUCAACACGGUGGGCGCAGAGACCACCCUGGAGAGGCUGCUCUGGGAACAGUACCCCGAGUUGCAGGACAAACUGGGGGAGAUUCUCAGACAGCCGGAGAAGCUGCUCUUCAUCUUCGACGGCUUGGACGAGAGCAACAGAGUCAUGGACUUGCGAUCCACCGGGCUCUGCACCCGGCCCGACGACGUGAAAGGCGUCGAGGUGAUCGUGGCCAGCUUGCUGAAGCAGACGCUGCUGGAGGGUUGCUCCGUCCUCCUCACGAGCCGCCCGAGCAGACUCGCCCACCUGCAGACGGAGGCCCUGCACAGAGUGGUGGUGAUCGCGGGGUUCCUCUCCCAGGAGAGGCAGCGGUUCUUCCACAACUUCUUUUGCGAGGACGCCGUGGCAGAACAGGCCUUGGCCCACGUGAGGGAGAGCCAGGUGCUCUACACCCUGUGUUACAACCCCUCCUACUGCUGGAUCACCUGCACGGCCCUGCGGCCCUGCUUCACCUCCGGCGCGGGGCAAGCGCCCGCUCUGCCCCGGACGGUGACUCAGCUCUUCAUCAGCUACGUCCUCCACAUGUUGGCCAACCACACCAAGGGGCUGCCCGAGAACGCGGAUGUCCGGGAGGUCCUGAAAAAUCUCGGCCGCUUGGCAGAUUAUGGCCUGACCAACCACAUGCUCAUCUUCGGAAAGGAGCCCUUGGACGCCUUCCAGGUGACGCUGUCGCCUCUCCGCACGGCCUUCCUUGUGGAGAACGUCCGGGCCACCUAUUCCUUCGUCCACCUCACCGUCCAAGAGUUUUUCGCUGCCCUCACCCAUUACUUGGACUUCCGGGAGGAGAAUUUUGACUCUACGAUGUUGGCAGCACAAAAAAACUUGAAUGGAGAGUACGACAUUUUUCUCCGCUUCUUGGCUGGCUUGUCGCAUUCCGCUACCAGGGCUCCCUUGAAGGAACAUCUGGGAGAGUUUUCCGCCAAAACCACGAAGAGGGUCAUUGAGAACAUGGUGAGGACAAACCGUGAAGCCCUCUUCAGCGCGAUGAGUGAGAAUGGGAAAAGGAGGGCCCUGAACUUCCUCAAUCUGCUUUUCGAGGCUCAGAACAGCCAGCUUGUGCGUCAGGUGAUGGGAGAUGCUUCUCACAUAGACUUCUCCAAACUCAUCCUCCUGCCGGUCGAUUGUGUCAUCCUGGCUUAUGUCCUGAGCUGCUGCAGGAAGGUCGCGUUCCUAAACCUUGAUUCCUGCUAUGUCCAAGCCGAGGGGCUGCAGAAGCUCAGCCCACAACUGCACAAGGUCGGCGAAUUGUGCCUCUCCAGCAAUCACCUGAAGGAUUCAGCAGUGAAAAGCCUUGCCCUGGCCUUGGGGCAGUCGGACUGCCAGCUGAAGACCCUGAGUUUGGCAAACAAUGGCCUUACGGAAAAGGGCUGCAAAGAGCUGUGCGUGGCUCUCUCAGCAAACCAGUCCCUCAUAAGUCUCGACCUGACCAAAAACAAGCUGCAUGAUAAGGGGCUCGCCAUCUUACUGGAGGUGUUCAGAAACCCACAGUGCAAGAUACAGAAGCUCGGGAUCCAGGAAAAUGCCUUGACGGACGCAUCCUGCCAAAUGCUCUGUUCAGCUCUCAUGGGAAACACCGUCCUCCAGCACCUGAACCUGAGCGGGAACCUGUUCACUGACCGCUGCAUCCAGGAGAUGCGCAAGCUGAUUCUGACCUGUCAUGGCCUUACAGAAAUCCGGCUAUGCUUCUGUGAUAUCAUUCCAGAAAUAGAAGGGCAGCUGAAGAUGCUUGAAAAGGACCGGCCAGGCCUCAAGAUCACAAUAUAAGAACCUUCUUACUGUAUCACAUCCCCUUUCCUGCUGUAGCCGCUUCUCUAAAACCGAGUCUGCAGAGCGGUCAGGGCUUUGAUGAGCUGCGGUUAAUGUUUGUUGCAGUGCGGGGCCGUGUGCCGUCGCACAGGUCCCGUUUGGUGCUCAGCCAGUGUCCGGUUUGGCAGGAUGGCUCAAAUGCAACAGGCGGUUCUGUGCCGCCACGUGAAAAUAGCAGCCAGCUUUCCCUGCUCCCAAAACACUGGCUGGAACCGUUGUAAAACCCCAGAGCAGAGGGUGUUGUGUGAAGAGCCGGUCAACUACUUUGUAGAUGGAAUCACACAUGGACCAUAAACAUCUCCUGCAGGAAGGGUGUGCUGAUCCAGGCAUCCCCAACCACUGGCUGUGCUGGUGGGGACACUGGGACUCAUAGUCCCAAAGAACGGGCAGACACCAGAUUGCCCAACGGCUGGGACAUUACCUGAAGUGGGAGCCAGCGGCACGUUAGCUGCCGGCUCUCGCCUCCUCCGAGUCCCCUUGGCCCUUUUCUCCUUUUACGGUGCAAUGUCUUCAGACUGCAGAAGCCAGCGGUUGGCGGGACGAGUCGUCCCUCCCACGUGGUCCCCAGGGAUCCCUGAGGACGGAGGGCCAGGCUGACAAUCCACUUUCAGCCGGUCAUUCUGUUUGCUUGCAUGACAACGAACCCAUGUGUGGGCGUCUUAGCAUAACGCGUAUCGUACGUUUCUGGACUCUAAGCUGCCUCGAGUGGCGUGGACUGGCAGAGACGUGAAUUACAAUGCAAGAAAUAAGCAAGCAAUCAGAGAUUGUGUUCUAGUAACCAGUUUUGCCCAGUGACUGCCCUUAAUGACUUUGAAUCUUCGAAGGACCAUCCUUGGCUGAGUAUUUCAACCUAUAACCAUGUUAAAAACAUUGCAUUUCAAACAGCAUCUCUUCAUAACCUGCCUUUCUUACCCCUCCAAGGAACUGGGGUAGCUCCAAAGUCUUUGAGAGAGGUAUGAUAUAGCAUUGCUUCAAUGUACAGAUGGUUUAAGUCCCUCUUCAGCCCCAAAAAGCUGCUGUGGUGAAUUAUGCGUCAAUAAAAGCAAAGCGGUCUCCCUCC